AACACAAUAUUUUCAAACGCUUAAGUGAACACAUCAAGUGUGUAGAGAAAAAAAUAAUAAAUCAGAAUAAAAAGCUCGGUGGAACUGAAACAAAAAGAAACAUCAGAAAAAAAUUAUUGAAGCAAAAAAUUAAAAAUAUAAAAAUUUUGUGAAGUGAUAAAAAGAAUUUAAAGCAAUCAAGAAAAAUAAUCAUGGCAUUGUUACCAGUUUUGUUAGACAUGGUUGAUGACAUUUACGAGAAUCUUGACAAUCCAGAGAAUACUAUGGGUGAUAUUCCAUUGCUGUUUGUACCACAUGGUAGAAGAAGAGGACGCGAUUGUCCAAGACGAAUGGAACAAAGUGAUGGAGAGUGUCCAAGAAAUAAGGAACAUAGUGAUGUGGAGGGUCAUGGACAUAGACAUUGUCAUGGUGGUGAAAAGCAUGGCAAGCAUGGUCAUGGACAUGGUGAGGGUCACAAACAUGCUCAUUCUCAUGGUGAGGGUCACAAACAUGCUCAUGGACACGGACAAGAACUCGGUCUUGGACAAGAAGAAAAACGCGAUGAAUCCCAUGGACGUAGACACUGCAGACGAAAGGAAAGACGUGGAGCAGAAGAAGGUCAUUGUCGUUUUGCAGAACUCAGAAAAGGAUUAUUCGGAAUGAGAGGAUGGGAAAAUUGUCCACGUUUUAAUGGCAGAGGAUGUCCACGUUUUGCAGGCAGAGGCGGUUGCCCAUGCAAGAAAACUUUAGCUGAAGACUUUAAAGUCACAUUUGACGUUAAAUCCUUUAAUCCUGAAGAAAUCUCAGUGAAAGUAAAAGGACGUGAGAUCUUCGUUGACGGUAAACAUGACGAGCGUGCGGAUGAACAAGGCUUUGUGUCACGUCAAUUUACAAGAAGAUUCAUUGUGCCUGAUGAGUUUGACACUGAUACUAUUGCUACAUAUUUAGACAUCGAAGGACGUAUGACUAUUGUAGCUUCUAAGCCAAAGCCUCCAGUUGACGAUUCAACUGAACGAAUCAUUCCAAUUGAGCGUGUAGCAAAAGUUCAAGAUGAAGUUGUUGACUUGUCAGAGUCAUCUGAUACUGAUAAAAUGGAUGAAGACACCAAUGACUCAAAGAAGAAUUAAUAAGAUGGAAUUAUGGAAUAUUUAUAUCAAUUAUUCAACUAUAUUAUUCGUUAGACUGUAGCUUAUAUUUAUCAUCAAUGUUGCAUGCAUGCAUCUACACUUUAUGGAUCAAAAAAUAUUUUUAAAAUGUGAUAAAAAUGUUAAAAAAAUUAUUUAAAAAAUGACAAAAAAAAUUAAAUUUUAAGACACA